AUGCACAACAGAAAUGUUAUGGUGACAGGAGCAUCAUCGACUGGAGUUGCCAUGACCACAUCAUUCACACGCAAUGGCCCCACUUCAUCCUCUCAUGACUUUACGAAUGACUUUGAACCGAUAACCAGCCAAGUAUCAUCAUCAUCAUUGAACAGCAAUUACACACCCAACAAACCAAUGCUAAUACGGAGUACCCACCAUCAAAAAUCUCCUCUCAUCACUCUGAUCCGAAGAUUGUGUUGUUGCUGUAUGAGUAGUAGCAAAACAUCACGUGCUGCUGGAAAUAUUCGAGGAGGAAUGAACAAGUCUCGUGUGACUGUGUCAGUGGCCAUUCUCUUUUCCUUGUUCAUAUUUUUGUUUUUGGUCUUGCAAUCGAAAUUUAAUAUCAUCACGAGCCACUCGAGCAAUUCGGAAAACAAAUUGGCCAAGAACUCUCUUCAUACGAAGGAAUCUAAAUCUCAUCAACAGCAAACUCUUAAAUUAAGAGCUUCUUCUGAUCAACGAUUUUCAUGUGAAGAUGGAGGAGGAUAUGAAGUCACAGAUUCAAAACUCACCAUUCUUGUAACACCAUCAUUGAGAGAGAGUGAUUUUAAAUUUAUUACGAGUCAAAACAUUGGAGAAAAUGUCAUCUUGGAAUGGCUGUUAUUUAAAGAAAAGGAUCAAACAACUCCCAAGUUUUUGAAAAAACUCCAAAAGAAAGUAAUUCUAGUCGAUGAGAUCAAGAAUGAAAUGGAAUUAUUGAAAAUAGGAUUAGAACAUUCGACAGGAGAGUAUUUAUUCCUUCUUCCUUAUGAAGUACAUUUAUUUGGAACAUCCUCUCAAGAAAUAUUUAAAUUGAAGUUGAGUCAAUUGAAAUGCAAUACUCAAUCUGCUAUUUUGGGUUCCAUGCUCAUUUAUCCAAUUAAUGUCAUUUCACAAAAACCAAGUUAUAAUUACACAAGCGCCAACGACCUCGACUCAUCUUUUAAUAUUUAUAGUAUGACAUACAGACUUUCAAAAAGAGACAAGAAUAUUCCAGUACCUUAUCAUUACAGAAGAGGUAGAAACUACUUUUCGCUUCCAAGCUCGUCUAAAAUACAUUUAGACAAUAACAUUUGUGUGGCAUUUGCUGGAGCCUUCUUCAAGACCUCAAAAUUCAAAAAUGUGAAAUUCGAUAUCGAUUACAUGAGUCGAGAAUUGAAUGAGAUACAAUUGUGUCUACAGCUCUACAAUCAAAAGAAACACAUUGUGUUUGAUCAUCAACCACAAGUUGAUGAUUUUUCUGUUGUAGUUCCCUACGUGUUGCCAAACGUAGAAUCAGUCUCAGAAGAGGACAAUUCAAAUCCUUGGAGUUUUGUGCUGUCACGUGCCUCCUCUCGGAAUGAAGAAGAACAUUCUAAGUCCAUCAAUGCCUAUGAACAAGCUCCACCAACAACCAAUCGAUUUAUUCCUUUCAACACUUAUUCAAUUGGAAAUGUGAAAAAAUUCCUUAAAAAACAUACACAGACUCUAAAUGAAAUUCUUGACACAGAAUAUAAGAAACACAUGAACAAUAUGACAAGCAUGUCAUUGGUAUGGGAUUUUGGCGCUGGCUCUUGCUCUGGUUGGUUCAUGGAAACUGAAGAAUUUGUGACCAAUUUAGACAUGGAAUAUAGAGCACCCAAUUUGAGAAUUAUUACUGGAAGAGAAGACAUGUGCCUUGGAUUAGAGUCUUACAAAUUUGAAAGUCUCGAUCGAUUAAUUUCUCGAGAUGACAUUAGCUCUGAUAUUGACAUUUUCAUUUCUCACAAACCUCCAACGAGAUAUCCAAAAUCAUUUCCCUACAAAGGACUGGUUCAGUUGAGUGGAAUUCCAAAAUAUGUCAUUGGAAGAAGUAUGCAUGAAUCUGAAAAAUUACCACAAGAAUGGAUUUCCAAUUUGAAAUUAGUGAAUGAGGUGUGGCUACCAAGUAGUUUCCUUGUGGAUAUUCUCGUUAAGAAGUAUCAUGUGAGUCCUGAAAAACUUCAAGUCGUUCCAGAACCUAUUGACACAGAUUUCUAUAGUCCUUACUAUUCAAAGUAUUUACGAAUUGAUCAAUUGAAAAAGAUUGUCAAACAACUUGACUAUGAACCAAAUCAUUAUCACUUUUAUUCCGUUUUCAAAUAUGAGGAAAGAAAAGGGCCAGAGUAUUUAUUAAUGGCUUAUUUUGAUGAAUUUGCCAAUGUGAAAGAUGUGACUCUUCAUUUACAGACCUACAUGUUCAUGCAUCCCAAUGGACGAGAUCAGAAAGUAGUCGAGCAAGCAAUCGAUGAGAUUCGUCACGAAUUUCUCAAAACACGAAAAGAUUUGAAACGAGAGAAUUUACCUCGUGUCAAUAUUAUUUCACAAGUUGUUCCAACAACGGUCAUGCCUCACAUGUAUCAUCAUAUGGAUUGCUUUGUGCUACCAAGUCGUGGAGAGGGAUUUGGAUUACCAUAUGCUGAAGCCAUGUCCAUGGGAUUACCAACUAUUGGUACAAAUUAUGGAGGACAACUUCAAUUUAUGAAUUUACAUAAUUCUUAUUUGAUUGAUGUGAUUGGAGAGAGAGAUCCAGAUCAAGAAUUUGUGAUACCCAAUGUCAAACAUUUGAAGAAACUCAUGAAAUAUGUCUAUUCAAAUAGAAAUGAAGCAAAAUUGAUGGGAAAAAGAGCUCGACAAUACAUUGAACAGAAUUUAACACAUCAAGUAGUGAAUCAAAUAUUAAUUAAACAAUUGAGAAGAAUUGAAAAGAAGAUACAACAAGCAAAUUCUCAACAACAGAUGAGUGACAAUGAGAAACAAGCAAAAUCAAACAAGCAGUUGAAAAUUGAGAAGAGAUCACGACUAAGGUAA